GCAGUCCAUUUCAUCACCCACACACAGUGCUGUGGCCUACUAGGUACGAGAUAUCGCACGGUACAUAGCAUACGAAACAUCGCCCAUCUGCAGUGCCAUUAAAACAUUGAUUGAGUCGAUCACGGUUCUACCGAAGGGUCUAUCUAUCUAGCGAGUAGUUCGAAAAAUCGUAAGAAAGCAAAAACAAUGCAGACCGAACGGAGAAGGUCUGCUUAGGCCAGUGCCAGUCACCGUGUGCAAAGCCGUCGUUCUUCGAUUUCCUCCAGUCAGACCAGGGCAGCCGUUGCGAGCGCUGAAAUAAUUGUCGCGUCAUUACUGAAACAAAUACGCAUCAUCCGCGAAAAGCAUGGCAGUUUCGAAAUUCAGUGACGUCGACGAGUAUGGAUUCAAACGUGAACCAGACUUCGACUACCAGUCGUACGAAAAUAUUAUGUCCAGCUACUACACGGUACUGACGACCCGGAGCAUCAAGUGGAAAAAGUUCGCCAAAGACUCGGACAUUCUGUCGAAUCCUCGCAAGCUGAAACGAUUCGUACGCAAAGGUAUUCCCGGCCCACUGCGGGAAGAUGUGUGGAUGAAGUCGUCCGGUGCCUAUCGAUUACAGCAAAUAGAACCAAGUCUAUACCAGACCUUGCUGCGGUACGAAUACGAUCAGGAAAUCUCGGAUCAAAUCAAAAUCGAUCUUCCACGUACCUUUCCCGACAAUAUUCACUUUGAGCAAUAUAAGCUCGGCCUGUACAACGUGCUCAUUACGUAUGCACAUCACAACAACUCGGUUGGCUAUUGCCAGGGACUGAAUUACAUUGCCGGCCUAAUAUUAAUUGUGACGAAAAAUGAAGAAUCAACAUUUUGGUUGCUCAAAGUGCUGGUAGAGAACAUAGUUCCCCUCUACCACACCAAGAAGAUGGAUAACCUCAUCACGGAUAUUGAUGUGCUUAGCGAAUUAAUUAGAAUACGCGUACCUGAUGUGCAUAAACAUAUCGCUGACUUAGGACUGCCAUGGCCUGUGAUAGCCACCAAGUGGCUCAUCUGCUUAUACGCGGAAGUGGUGCCUACCGAAACCGCCCUUCGGAUAUGGGACUGUGUGUUUCUGGAGGGAAACAAAAUCUUACUACGAGUUGGAAUCACUAUAGUGAUACAACUACGGCAAGAAAUCCUGGCAACGGAUGAUAUUUCCACAUUAAUAGGCUUAUUCCGGGCGCUGGAGAAGAACCCCAAUCUGAUGGAUUGUCAUCAAUUUGUUAGCAGUAUUUUUAAAUUGCCUGGGUCGUUGAAACGAACUCAGAUCGACCGACUUAGGAGAGAACUGUACGAACAGAGGAUAGCCAGCAAACAAAAAGGUUCCUAGGGUUUAGAGGACUAUAUCCUUAAGAGAUAUAGACUGAACUUGGUGUAACCAAUUGAUCCAAAGGGGAACAAUCUCCAUCCGUGGCCUUCAGAUGUAAGGAUUCGUCGUUUCGCUUGGUAUUCAUUUAUGAGUUUGGUUUCUGUUGUUUGUUCACUUGCCUUGAUAUGAAUACCAGAAGAGAAUAUGCAACACGGCACUAAUUCGGUGGAGUAAAAUAUGCAGAUUUUACAUAUAUGCUGUUAAUUUAGGUUUUGAAUUAAAAAUUUUGCGAUCAUUCGCAUGUUCGCUACAUAUAUGCUCAAAGGAUACGUUCGACUUCGUCCUGCAUAUAGACAGAAUAUGACUGCAUUAUCACAUACCUCAAUUUAAAUAAUUGUAAGGUACUUGAUAAUGGGAAGUUGCACACUAAUGUGUUCAUUAGGGCAGUUCAAAUUUCAAAAUUGUUUGAAAAUUCCAACUCUUAUUCGUCACCAGUUGGAAAUUUGAGACACCUGUGACCUGUCAAUAUUUCAGGCAAUUUGGUGGCGAUAUGGAAGUGGUGCGAAGAUAAUUCGUUUGUAUAAGAAUUUGAUUCGAACAAAUUAAAAAUAUAUUUUAACAUUCGUACAACUUUUAAUUAAUUAUAAAUUCAUUACCAUUAGCAUCAAUUCAACUAAACAUUGCAAUAGUUUUUUUAUCGUUAUUGUUAUUAUUGUUUUUAUUUGAGAGGUUAUUUUCGCCGGGACCUCAGCAUUUUUUGUUUAUUUUACCGCUGAGUUUCAACAAACAUGAUUUUUGCCGAGAUCUUAGUAAAAGUUUCAGUUGC